UGCAACCGAGGCGGAUAAAUUCAAGACAGCAGGUUUUAGCGCUCGCGCACUGCAGAUAGCAGGAGCAGAAAUUCUGUAGCCUCUGUGGGUGUGACAUACAAUUAGUUUUUUUUACAACAGAAGAAUCUAAGUGAACCAUCAUGAGUAACCAACAAUAUUACCCAUUCAAGUGUACCCCAACUGUCUACCCAGCAGAUCCCUUCGACCCUGUUGCCGAUGCCGCCACCUUAAAAAAAGCCAUGAAAGGCUUUGGCGCCGAUGAGAAAGCCAUCAUCGAUGUCUUGGCCAGAAGGGGUAUUGUGCAGCGUUUAGAAAUCGCUGAAACUUUUAAGACAUCUUACGGAAAAGACUUAAUCUCCGAACUUAAGAGCGAACUCGGUGGCAAAUUCGAAGAUGUCAUUGUAGCCCUCAUGACCCCAUUACCCCAAUUUUAUGCCAAAGAACUCCACGACGCUGUCGCUGGAUUGGGUACCGAUGAAGAAGCAAUCAUCGAAAUCCUCUGCACUCUGUCCAACUAUGGUAUUAGAACUAUUGCCCAAUUCUACGAACAAAUAUAUGGAAAACCACUGGAGAAAGAUUUAAAAGACGACACAUCCGGACAUUUUAAGAGAUUACUAGUUUCUUUAGUUCAGGCUAACCGUGACGAGAACCAAGGUGUAAAUGAGCAACAAGCUCUCGCCGAUGCCGAAGCUCUCAUCGAAGCCGGCGAAGGCAAAUGGGGAACAGAAGAAUCCAUCUUUAAUUCCAUUUUGAUCACCAGAAGUUACCAACAAUUGAGAGCCACCUUUUCGGAAUACGAGAGGUUGAGCGGUAAAGAUAUCGAGCAAGUCAUCAAGAAGGAAUUCUCUGGAAGCAUCCAAAAGGGAUUGCUCGGCAUCAUUAAAUGCGUAAGAAGUAAAGUUGGUUAUUUCGCCGAACGUCUCCACGAGUCCAUGGCUGGUCUUGGCACCAACGACAAGACCUUGAUCAGAAUCAUCGUUUCCAGAUCUGAAAUUGACUUGGCCGACAUCAAACAGGCUUUCUUAGACAAGUAUGGAAAGACCUUGGAGAGCUGGAUCCAGGGUGACACAUCGGGUGACUACAAGCGGGUUCUCCUGGCCAUUAUCGAUUAACUUCACAAAAUUCUGUCUAACAGCACGCCGUAAACCUACUCAGUGUCUCAAAAUUUUCACUCAUAAAAAAUUCUGUUUUUUAUAAGUGUCCUAUUGAUAUAUAUGUAUAUGCUUCAUAUUAUCAACUGCCACUAGUCAAUAAAAAAGAGAUGUUACUAUAUCGCCUUUACAAAUGUCUCCGGAAAUUGCACUUUGAGGCAAAGUGUUUGAGAGAAACAGGCGCAUUCAGGAACGUUUAGUAAUGUUCAGCAGCUGAGAUGUUGUCAAUUCCAUAGAUUUUGUUAGCUGUAGCUAACAAAUUCUAUGGAAACAUCUCAACUGCUGAACACUACUAAGCGUUCCUGAAUGCGCCAAGUUAAACGCUUUCCCUCUAGUGUAUUUCUCGGGAGUUACUAAUGUUAAUGUUUAAAUUAAUGCGAGUUAUAUUUUUUAUAUCUUUUCAGGGAGAUGUAGGUUCGGAGAUCAAAUACGUUCUCGUUGUACUUUCCUCUUACUAAGCCUCUAUGUCCAUUAUAAUAACUGACUCAGGUCGUUGAUUGAUAAAAGUUAAUGUUCUAAAAUAUACUCAAGAAAUAUAUUUAUUUUGAACUUAGAAUUAACAUGUAUUACUCUAGGUUACAUUAGUGGCCUUACUAAGUGUUAAAGAUGUCUAUUAAACUUAUUAUGUUUUGUUUAAGAAGCCCUAUGUUUAAUUUUUAUUGUGAAGAGUCUACUUCAAGUACGGGGUGCAGGGCAUAUAUUUUAUAUUGAUAAUAUUAUUUUUGAAGUGUUUUGUUUUUAUAUUAUAUUAGAGUUUCUUUUUGUAAACGUUUAUGUAUGUGCUUUAAGAUGCUUAUAAUAAAAUCCAGAGAAAAAAA